GUGUGUUAUUAUGUCUAUGGUUCAUGUGGUGUUAAGGUUAACUAAAUCUUUAAAUUUGUUUUUCUUCUGAAAGUUUUUAAAUUUGUGAGUUGAAAAACAGCUUAUUGGUUGUUCUUUUUCAUUCAAAAUGACUAAAUUAAGGAAAAUGCGUAGAAGGAAAAAGUUCCGUUACAACAUCAAUAGAAAAAGAUUGAGGAACAAAAUCACUAGCUGCGGAAAAAUAAGUUGUAAAGAGAUCGCCGAUAAUUGGGAUCGGAAGAAAUCGUUCAAUACAAAUUUGAAUGAAAUGGGACUCGCUGUCGAUCCGAACACAUGUGUUCAAACAGUCCGGCAUCACAAAAUUGUUGAUCCAGUAGAUAUAGAAGUAUCUACAAAUGAUAAUGAAUGGUUUGUUGAGGAGACGACAGAACCAGUCAGGGAAGAGAAUGCAUCAAAAAAAAUGGUAGUAGAUAAAUUGUGGGCAGAGGCGAAAGCACCAAGGGUGAAGGGUUUGAGAUUACCUGGCUCCGUUGUUGAAUGGGUCACAUAUUUGAUGGAUACCUAUGGAAGUAAUUACAAAGCGAUGACUAGGGAUAAGAAAAACACUGAUCAAGAAACUUGGAAACAACUAAGACGGAAAAUUAAACUUUUUAAAAGUAUAGAAGUGCAGUAUUCUGAAUAUUUGAAGAGCAGAGGAAUAGAAAACCCUGUUGAGAGUGAUGUGUCAUCAGACGAUGAAAUUUGAAGUAUAUUGAAGCAAUGAUGAACACUUUAUAAUUGUACAUGUGAGAAUAUUUAUAAAAAAAAAAUUAUUUGAA